CUCUUCGGUUGGCGACCCUGGGCUGUUGUCUGCUGGUGUUUGUCCGGAUCUGUUUCCAGCGUUUUCGGUUUUUAUUCCAGUAACUAUGGGUAUCCAAACUGAAUGCUAGCUUGUAAUUGCUUGUAAUAUAUGGCUCUUAGCACUCGGUUCUGUGCUUGCAAUAGAAAUUGCAAAGGUGAGGCACUGCAACUUGUCAUCAGUUUCUAUUGAAAAUGUCAGGAAUCCCGCGAGUCAGACUGAAUCCUCCGCCCUGCUCCGGAAAGCAGGGUCCGAUGCGUGCCACGGUUCCCGUAGCCUUGAUGCGUCAAGGCAGUAGUCCAACACAGACUUCGAGUGGCACCAAAGCGACCAUAUGUUACGACGGGCAUCAGUCACCCGAAUCCAAGUGGUCACCGGGUACCAAAGUGACGUGUAUCGGGAAGACACGUUUACUCCGGAGGGCAGCUUCACUUGACAGCAUCUACCUGUCGGGACAAUGGGAUGUGCAGAGUUAUUGUGGACGACCCAUGGUUGAAAGAGCAACCCAGACACCCGAAGACUGGAAAGAGAUGGAAAGGCUAAAGAAGAAAGAUUCUUUGGAAAUGAAGUACAUCCGACAGAAGCUCCAGCGGACAUCUCCACGUUGGAGCCCAGUUCAAGGGGACCACCACUUGCCACUGUGCACAGGUCCCAUCACAAUACCUGCGUCACACAGUGAGCCACGGACGAUACCUUUGGUCCCACGCAUGCAUAACAGUGUUGAGGGCUUGAAUCAGGAGAUUGAACGUCUAGUAUUCUCUGGAAAUGAAUUGGAAAGGGUCAUGGGUCCUACCCCAGAAGGGCACAGGGCCCCCAUUGCUGAGCUCUUUCAUUCCACCUGUAGCGUAGACACACAGACUUCCUGCACAGACGACAGCCUCUUUCCACAAGCAACCAGUCCAGAGUGUAACAAAAGUGGUUCUUCACCAGAAUACGAAGGUAAUAAGUUAGGCAGCAGCCCUCAAAUCAACAAGUUCCUGGCACGAGAGCCUCCUGAUGGUUGUGAGAAGGUCAGGAUUAUUGACGAGGCCAGAAAGCCGUCUUCUGAGGAGCACAUAGACAACAUGCCAAAACCAAGCAGCCAAUUUGUGCUGCGGCCAAGCCAGAGGUCAGCGUUUUGCCCCCUGGUAAGGAACCAAGUGCCUCACAAGGUGGACUCCUUUCUUCUCAAUGAGAGGCUCAAAUGACACUUCCCUACCGACUGUGCCUUGUUGAAACCAGACUUGACCCCCUUUGUUUAAUAAAUAUGAGAGAGGAAGUGUAUUAUCCCUGUACCAUAAUGGUCAAUCAUUAAUUGUAAAAUGCUUUUUAUGUGUAGAAGAGGGCACAACAUUGUUUGUACUUUGUGUGACACCAGGGAUGGGAUGAAAUGAAAGUGAGCAAAAUGUAGUACUUGCAAGUGUGAAUCACAGAGGAGGUCUGUACCUGAUAAAGAUGCAGGGAGCAUCAUUGUUUGUGUGCCUUAUGCAGGACAAUGCCAUGAUUAGGGUUUUCAUUUGGCACCCACCCUCAGUUCUUUGCCAUGAAAUGGAAUCCCAUUGAGGAUUCCUCCAGCUUGAUUCCUAUCCAGCUAAGCAUAUUGAAAUGUGAAUCCAUUCCCGAAUUGAGACAUGUCAAGUGACCUUUGGCUGUGCACUUGGGAGAGGGAAAUCCCUUGUCAAGUCCAAAAUGAUUCCAAACUUGGGAUAUGUACUGUUAUCCCUUUUUGUUGCCACCCCUUGUACAUAGAUCCCAUUGUGACAUAGCACCUGCCAUUUCGGUGCUAAAUUGUGCAAGAUAAAAGUGCUGUUAAAAAAGUACGUAAAGCUUUUAUUCAAUAAAAACUUGUCUAUA